UUUUAUUCAAUCCUCGUAUCUUUAGUGAUUGAACUGAACAAUCACCAUUUGUCUUCAGUGGUUGAACAAGAUGGCCUCUGGGAAUCCCUUCCAACUCUGUGAUUGGAUCGUCCAUCCAUCCACCAAUCUUAGACUGGAUGUCCUUUGGGCAUCCUCUUCAACUGUGAUUCAUCUGUCUACCCAUCUAUCAAUCUUCCAAGGUUGGACUAGAUGGCCUUUGGAGAUACUGAGGCCACAGGGAGCUCCUCAAUUGAAUAAACCCUCUUCUGAGAUGAGCAAAACUAGUGGAAAGAUAACUGCCAAUAAAUUGUUGGAGAACAUGAAAGGAAUGGAAGCACAGAGUCUUUCUUGUCCUCCUACUUCAAUAGAUGAACAACCAGACCAGCCUGCUUCUUGUUUUCAAGCCAUACGCACAGCAUCAAGUUUGUCAGUUAGUCCAAUAAUUCUUCAGCCUGAGCAAGCCCUCUCUCAGACUAUAUAUGUGAAAGCUCUUACAAUACCACUUUAUCAGCCUAUCCAAUCAGAAGGCCUUCAGCCUAGCCAUAAGCUACUUGCGGGCCAAAGCAGUAUCACUUUAGACAGUAGUAAUAUACCAUUAAUUCUAAAUCCACUUUUGCAUUCAGAUGGAACAGAUCAUCUUCAGACAGGCAUUCAGAAGCAACCUGAAACAAUAAAAAUAGUUAGUGGCUUACCAGUUUUGGCACAUAAUUAUUCUCCAUGUUCACCGAUUGGAAGCCCAGGGAAAUGCAAAAAUGCUGGGAAGUACCUCUGUAAACACUGCGGACGUGAUUGCCUGAAGCCAAGUGUUCUUGAAAAACAUGUCCGCUCUCACACAGGUGAGAGGCCUUUCCCAUGUACAAUAUGUGGCAUUGCAUUUAAAACUCAAAGCAACCUGUAUAAACACAGGAGAACUCAAAUACAUGUCAACAAUGCCAGACUACCAUCAGAGUCUGAAAGCAGUAGUCCAUUAGGAGAGCAUGAGAAAUUCCAUGAGACCAUUGGAUCUCCCCAUAAAACAAAACCAAGUGAUAGAAACAGCGACAACACAAGAACAGUGAUUACACAGUCUGCUUCAGACUCAACUGCUAUAGUAACCAGUGAGAAUGAUCCUCUUGAUACUUCAUCACAAGCUAUUAAUGGUUUAUUUGUUGUAUCUGAAAGUCAGUGGACUACAGUGGACAACUGCCAUGGAAGAGUCAGUCAGAGUGUCCUUGAGAAAGAGAUCAUGAAAGAUCCAGCAACUCCUCUUCAGAAAAGGAAGCUUCAGGAGCAAAGGUGUCAAACUGCAGCUAAGCACAGCCAGUUGCAGAGGCAGCAGGCCACAUAUACGGAGAAGCUAUGGGAAGGCAGAUCUCCAGAUUACAAGCUGAAAAAAUGUGAAAGCACCGACUCAGGGUAUCUGUCUCGCUCUGAUAGUGUGGAGCAGAUGAUGUUGUCCCCCAACUCUCUCCAUAGUCUCUGUGAACACAAUACUGAGUCAGAAAGCGAUACAACCAUUACCAGUGUGAGGUGUACAGCAGGAAAUGUGUCAAAAGCAGAUUCUGCUGAGAAAUCAACAGGAGGUUUAACAUUAGAGAAAAAGAAGUUGGAAGAACAUAUCUCAAAGCUAAUCUCUCAAAAUAAAGCUGUGGUGGAUAAUACACAAUUGGACAAUGUUAGACCCAGGAAAACAGUCCUGUCCAAGCAGGGCAGCAUUGACUUGCCAAUGCCUUAUACAUACAAAGACUCAUUCCAUUUUGACAUACGUCCUCUUGAUUCAAGCAGGAAGAAGCUUUCUCAAUGCUCAGCCAAAUCUAUCUUCACACCUGUUGAAAAAUCUAAGCCAUUGUUUUUUCAUUCUGUUCCCACUCAGUUCUCAACAACAAUCGACUAUGUUCCUGUUAGCAGAAGUAACUCCAUGCCUUUUAUUGAGAGUACAAGAAGAAUUCAAGACCAAGUGGAUAUUUCAAAAGUCCCCUCUUUUGCUAAAAUGCCCCCUGACACAAGUUCUGCUUUGUUGCCUAGCAAAGAGAAAUCUGCAAGUAUGGCAGAUUUUCCUAACAGCCAUCCUCGGGCACUUGUUAGACAAGCAGCAGUAGAUGAUUUGCCACCAAGUACCACAAGUGAAUCUUCAACCUCUUUGGAAGAGGUGAAAGGAACUAAAAAGUCUGGACUUGAAGGGGAAGGAACAACCACAAAACAUAAGAAACUGAGUCAAAGAAAAGCAAAAAUGUUCACUCAGGAAAAAUGGCAGGUUUAUGGGAAUGAAACAUUUAAGAAAAUUUAUCAGAAAAUGAAGAGCAACCAAACCACCAAGAAACAAAAAGAAAACAAGAUCACAGAUAUUUCUAGUUGCCAUUUGGGUACUAAGGGCACAGCUAGUCAUGAUGGAAUCCCAAAAGAUGGCAAAGUCUUCAGAACUGGUAAUCUGGGCUGCUCCCCAGUGACCUUUUCUGCAAAACUUAAUACAGAGGAGCUGGUUUCAUCCUCAGUGGCUGUUUCUGCGAAACAAAAUACUGAAGAGUUGGAAGGCUAUUCCAUUACUAGUCCUCCAUCACAGUGUGGUUCCUCACAGAGUUUAGGUAGCUUUGCAGUCAGUGAUUGUGAACAAAGUGAGUUGUCUAAAACAUUUGUUGAAAACAGCUGUAGAGGACUGUGUGUUUCAAAACAAGACUCAAAUGGCAAUGGUGAAGUCCUGCCUUUUAGUACUGGUUGUGAACUGAAUUUCCAGCUUCAGCAGACUACUGAUCAAGAAGAGAACAGCAGCUCCUUAAACAUUGCUAGCCUGCAGGAUACCGGCUUAGAGGAUGUAUGUGCCCAAGGGGAGCUUAUUAAAUGUGUGUCGGUACAGGAGGAUAUUCCAGCUGCCCAAGAUCUCAGUGAACAAGAAAGCUUUCAACUUGAACAGGGGGCUUUCCUCCCCAAAGAUUGCAACAGUAGUGAACCAACUCAGGAACUGUCAAAGCUGCCCUCAGAGAGAAAAAAGCUAAAAGUAGAUAAACUGAGAAGGGAAGAAAAUGUGCUAAAAUCCACUCAUGAGUCCAGUAGUUUAGUGGAGGGAAUUGUAGAACUGACAGACCAUUACAAAACUGUUAACACAGUUGCCUCUGAAUCAAUAAAUCACUCGGUUAAAGAAGAAAGACAGGUGGCAAUGGGAGGAUUAAGUACAUCAGGUAGCAGCAACAUGGAAUGUAAAGAAUUAGUUCAGUGUCCGAUAAUGACCUCUGAAGAACAAGAUGAUGUUCCUAAUCUUACUGAUACAAGGAAUGUAGGGACUGAGGUAAAAACGGGAUACACUUAUGAUUUGUUUGCUAUACAAAAGCUGAAAAACAAGCCACAACCUGUAAUAUCAAGGACAGAAGCAUCAGAGAUUGGAGAUAUUGCAUGUGCACCCAUCCCCAGUCAGCAUUUAAUAUUUGAUCAAAUAAAUCCCAAUUUAAAGAAAAAUGAUUUUCUGCCAAAGUACAUCCUAAAAUAUUCACAAGGGAAGACUACAGGACUGCCACUGAUUCUUUCAGGAGAGCCUGAGAAUAUGCCCUGUAUUUCAUCUGCUCCUUCCAUUUUUGCCAGUAGCAAUAGAUCACUUGGCUCCAAACCUACAGAUGUAUUUUUGUGCCCAACAACUAUCCUAGAAACAACUAGCAUUACAACCAGGGCAAACAGAAAAUGCCAUCUUCAAAGGGUCAGGCAGAAGGAGAAAAUGAAAGAUAUGUGGAAAGGACCCAAUAAUAACAGAGAUAAUUUAGGUGCUCAGGAGUUGACACAGGAGGGUAGUAUGCACACAAUUGUUUGUACAUCACAUACUCCAGGAAAGAAAAUAUGUUUUACAACUAUGUACACAGGAGGUUUUUUCAUAUCUUCAGACAUUACUGGACAGAGUUCAGCUCUACAGUUUGUACACUCAGGGAACAGUUCUGUAAUAUCAGUUUCAUCAUUGGUUGAAAGGACCGUUUUCUGUGGAAAUACGAAUGAAAAGAUUGAGGAAUGGCAAUCAGAUAUUAACUCUUUUCCAGGAUUUCAAGAUCUUCCUACCUGUUCCACGGAUAUACCCAAAUGCCUUUCCCAUUCUUCUGAUAUGCUUUAUUGCCACAUGCUCCGUGCCCAACAAAAAGAAGUCCGUAUAUUACCUCAAUUAAGUUAUCAUGCAGGGAACUCAAAAGUUCCAAUCAAGGAUGUAUCCUUCCCAACUUUAAAUGCUGAACCGCAAUUGACUUGGUGUUGCUUAAGCAGGAACCUUCCUCUUCCCGUUGAACAGAAGGAGAAGAGAGAUUCUGCAUAUUCAUCCUUGCACACCUGUAUGAAUGAAAACUUAAUUUCAAAGUGUAACCACUUCUCUUACAAGAUGAAAAAUACCAAGAAGGCUCCUGCUGCAGGCACGAUAAGUGGAAUGCCCCUAACGGCAACCUCUUCCAUUUCUCCAAAACAGCAGCAGUACUUUUCUACACCUGGAGUUGAUGGGUUAUUCAAAAGCAUUCCAGAGCAAGAAAGGGCAAAAGAUAAGCUUCAUAAAAUGAGAGAGCUCACAGCACAUAAAGCAAAGAAAAGCCAUAAACGGAGAAAGGUGAAGAUCAUCCCAAAACGCUAUAGAGGGAGUUAUCGACAAAGACAUACUCUGCUUAAAGCCAACAGGCCAGUCAAGCAACACUGGCCAACUACAAGGGUCCUGGAAGCUCCUAAAAAGCCUUCUUAUCCUCACAUACCUAACAGUCGUCAGCAUUGCAGAAGAUGCCUUUGUCUUUUAGCUGCCUCUCAAGGAAUUGAUGAAAUUCCACAGGAGGCUUCUGAAGAAGCAGGUUCUUCUGUAGAAAAAAAUAGUAUGGAAAAAGAUAUCUCUGGAAUUACAACAGAACACUCAAGUGGCAGCCUUUCUCCUCAGAAAAUUCCUAGAGUUUCAGAUGUACCAACAGCAAAGCAUUCCUAUUCAUUAGCCAGUAAUGCACCCACACAAAAAGCCAGAAGUCAAGAGCUUUGCUCUCCAGUUCUUCAGACAGAGCCUCAACCAGAUAUCAAUUUUGAUCAGGGUUGGCCUUCCUCUGGACCCUGUAACUUGGAAUAUAUAAACACAAGCAAGGCCCAUCUAUAUAAUGUUACAGGUUCACAUGCGACUAGCCCUAUUUUAAUAGGCUCAACGGCGGAUAGCAAUAAUAUAGAAUCGAAAUCUCAAAAUUUCACUAUGUCAGAGUCAUCUGACCAUGUUAUGGGAGAAAGAAAACAAUCCACAGAUGAGAAUUUUCACCCAUCUUUAAAGGAGCAGCCUAUCUUCCAGAGUCCAUGUCCUGUUCCACUGAAAUCAAGAAUGCUUCUUGAGAAAUCAUUUUCUGAUGAUUCCUUACUGGGACCAAGGCAAAUGCGAGAAGCAAGCAGUACUUUUCGCCCUCACAGACAAGAGGAGAACAACUGUUCCAUUAAACUGGAUGAUCAUCUUGAGAAGGUUUGUGAACCUGAUUCUGUAGGCACGCUGUCCAAAGCUUAUAAAAAACAGAGUUUGGAAAUGAUUAACAAGCAAACCCAUGAGGAAUAUGAAAACGUAAGUAGCAGCGACGACGAAGAUCGACUCAUUAUAGAAAUAUGAACAAGAUAUGUUUGGGCUGAAGAUUUAACACAAAAAAGCCAGUCAUUGGACAGAACCAUCAUUCUGUCACAGAUUAACAGAAAAGCUUUCGUUAGAGAAUAUUUCUAUCCAAGAUUGACUUAAUUCCAUGUGUUAAGACUUCUUUAAAAACAGGUGAACAGUUAAAUCAUGUUUACAUGUUCAUAGAAGUCUACAGUACUUCAGUUUCUUGCUUAAUCAUGCUUCUUUCAAAGUUUGGCCCCAUUUUAUUCAUGCCUCUGAAGACUAGGUCCACAUCUGCCACACAUCUGGUGGGAUGGCUGCAGUUGCUUUCCUGCUUGGAGAAGUUGAAGGAUGACAUGGAAGAUAUGGUUCUGAGUUGUGGUAUUGACCGAAAUUAUUCUCAGCUGUUUCAGCUCACUUGUAUUCUGUAAUGUUUUCCAACUAGGCUUUUGCAUGAGAUCAGUGGCCAUAAAGCAUCAUGCAACUUUUCCGUAUUGCACAAUAUAUUCCAUGCUACCUUGUGGAAGACAACACAAGUGGGUCCUGCUGUGGUAUGCUGAAAUUUAUUUCUCCCACUUUCUGAUAGCACUGUAAAUGCUUAAAAGAACUCCUUUUAUUUAUUUAUUUCUGAUCAAGGAGAAGUAUUCAGUCACUCCCAAGUCCAAGUGAAAAUGCUGUUUGCUUCUCAAGAUCUAAGUAUACAAGUCCAAAUUGUGCAGCAGCUGACACUUCUUGUUGAUGUAUUCAGGGCUUCAUUUUUUAAUUUCCUUAAACAUAAGGCCAUUUUAUUGUAAUAUUGAUGUGAAAUCAUGCCAAUUUUAGAGCUCAAGUUUAUUGAAUACAUAAAAGUUUUAUAUUUCACCUUUUGUGAGUUUUGAAAUGCUUUUUAAAUCUGUCUUGCAAACUGUAUUAUCUUUUCUCAAAGGAGAUUGCAAAAACAAAGUGACAUAAACUACCCACGUCAUUCUGGCCCAUAGUCAGCAAAAUAUACAAUAUCAAAAUAAAAUACAUAUUUUAGUAAGUAUAUACUAAGCACUCCCAAAAGCAAGGCAUCUGUAGCUUGCUCACAGUGCCCUGCCUCAUGCACAGAGCAGUUGUUAAAAGCUACAAUGUGGUUGCUGUUGCCCACAUUUGGUUUCAAAUUAUUU